AUGAAAAUUUUAUUAAUUUUAUUCACACUUCUUAUUGUAUCGAUAGUUGAUGGCCACCAGUGCCGCGCUAAGUUCAACGAAGAUAUUAUUGGCGAAUGCUCAUUUGUUAAUGGCUGUAACGGGACAAUUUUAGCUGGAAAUGCUUGUGAAGAGCAACACUGUUGUGUUCCGACAGCAGUUUCACCUUCACAGAUGUGUAUUAGUGCCAAUGAUUUCGACAUUCUUUAUAAUAAAAGUCGCGCAAGCUUUCUUCGCAAUGUUCUUAACUUCGGAAUCAAUGCCGCUGAAAUCUGUGACAAUUGCCAAGCAAAAGCGGCAUUCUUGGCAGUAGCAGCGACGAUGACAGAGAAUUUUCAAGCCGAUGAAGCAACGAGCACCGAUGUCGAAUUUGCUGCCGAUGACAACAAGUAUGGAAACACACAGACAGGCGAGGGAUCUUUUUAUCGUCGACGCGGUUUCUUUGGCCUUCGUGGAAAAACAAUGUAUCAAAGAUUACAAACAUUGCAACCACAAUUUCAAAGUUUAACUAAUCCAGAAUUAGCAGCCUUGGUAGAAAAUUCCAUCAUAAUUGCCUCAGAACUCUGGAAGAAUCCUGAUUUAUUGAACGGUAAGUUUACGUGUAUGCAUCCAGAAAUGAAACACAUCUAA